CAUUGAAUUGUUUAAUAAUGUCAGUUCUGCAUCACUAUUUACAGCAAAAAUCACUUUAUGAAACCCUAAUUAGAAAGAUGAGUGAAAAAACAGGACAUAAAACAUGAACAAUCAGGAGCAAAUCAAUAGAGUGCAUGUUAGCUGUUGAUCCUGAGGAAUAUUGAAGCAGACCUUAAAAGUUUGGACUUGCUCAUCAUUGCAAAGUGCUGCAGUGAUGAGCAUUGAAAGGUCAACCAAUAUUCUAACAACUUCAGACAAAUAAAAUGCAGAAAAGAUUUGGUUUGCUCUGUAUCAGAGAUUAAUCUGACUGAAUCUUUUUAUUCUUUAUUUCUUUAUGUACUCAGACCAGCCAAAAUAUUCUGUAUUUGUAAAAGAGAGCAUUAGGCUACACUUUCUUUUUAACAGGUUGGAAAAAAGGAAAUCAGACAAUGUGGCAUAUAUGGCACACUGACAAUCAAACAUUUUUUAUAGGUGAAUAAAGUGAAGACAAUCUACAGAUAAUGCAAAAUUAUAGUGAGAAUUACAAAUAUGAUCCUAAAUUAGUGUAGUUUGUUCACGGGAGCUUAAACACAGAUGCAUUCAUAUAAUAUAAUCAGUGCGAAAUGGAGCGUAUUGCUCUUGUCAUGGGAAAACAUCUGACUUCAGCUUUGGUGAUGUUUAUGUUUUCAAUUCAUUGUAAGGAUUACAGAGUUUUGCUUAGGGUUACACAUUUCUCUGACCCCUUUGGAAGUUUUUCACAAAACAUCAAACAUACUGUAUAAUGUAUGUAUGUAUAAAUAAAAUGCAAUACAUAUAUUCAGUUUUUUGACAAAAUACUCUUUUAAAUCCCUUUAAAUGAUGUUUAUCGGUAGACAUCUCACCUUUCACAUUUUGCACUUUGUUAUCUAUAUACAAAUUAUAAAAUAUAAAAGCAUUGUGAAAAUGUGGUGGUUUUGUCAUCUAAUCUCUCUACAUGCCUGCCACAAAGACAUAUGUGUGAUAGUACUCCAAGUUAUAAUUUUUUUAAUUUUUUUAUAGAAAUGUUGCCGUCAUAGUUGCUGUGUGUAAGCUUUGCAACAUUUCUGACUUUGGCUCCAUCUUGUGGUGGUAUCAAGAAUGCAAGAAAGCAGCACAAAGACUACCACACCAUCAUAAUUAUAUGGAGGAUGCUCUAAUCCCAUAACAAUUAUUUAUAUAUUUUUUCUUUAAUUUCAAGCAAGGCAUUUAGAUGACUUAACCAGUGUUGUGCUUUACUCUCAUGCCAGCAAUCACUGUGUAAGAGACAAACAGAUUAUUCAGAUGGCAGAUAUCUCAUUUUAGAAUAAAUUUCCUCAAGUACUUUGCAAUGUCAGUAGUUAAAAACGUAAAGGUGCAGAGUAUCAAGCAUAUCACUGUGUGCAGAAGUGGGUGUUUUAUUACCCCACAGGUUCUCUGUGCUAAGGCUGGCUUUAGUUUAGUUGGCCUUAGUUCAGCUGAUAAGGCAAAUUAAAGUCACAAGGCAAACAAGGACAGCACAUUAAAAUACGGCAUCUUUGAGAACUAUUCUUACUUUACAAGGCAAACCAGCAGCAGUUUUAUAAUAAAUCUAUUUCUUGCUGUGGAUCAACAAAAUUAAUUUCAACAUAACAUGUUUUCUUUUAAAUCUGCCCUGAGCUGUGAAUUUAGAUGAAAGCUGAAAAAACAUAAAUCACUAGAUUUUGGCACUGAAAUGACAGAAUGGCACUACAGGUCAGGGAAUGCUGACAUAAAAAUAUUCACAGUCAGUCUGUUGAUCACAUGUCUGAUGACAAGUAUCCCCUAAUUUAAACCCAAUCACAUUAAUUUACUGUAUAUACACUUGAAUAACACCCAUGAAUCAAAAGAAAGCAAAUCCAUAGUGUUACUAAAACCGAAUAAAUAUAAAGCUCAAGAGACUAACAAAUGAGUCAUAUGUUGUCACGGUUGCUUAAUUAAAGCAUUAAUUAUUGAUGCACGUUAGCUUAAACAGGCAGUUGAGAACGUAAAAUCACAAUACAGCAGUUGUCAUGGUGACAUAAGGUUAGACAUGCCCCCAACUCAGAGUGCAUAUUUAUUAUCGGUUCAGUCUCCAACCCUGUCAAACCACAACAAAGAAACACAUCAGUUACCUUAUCGCACAGUUAUUCCAUCUGCCCUGAAAUGCCGUUCACACAGAAGGAAAUAAAACCGACUAUCACCCUAAAACCAAAACCAGUCUAGCUAUAGGACUCAGACUUUGAACAAAAAUGUUAUAUCUAUAUGUCCAUUAGGUGGAAGACUGCGGUGGUGAUACAAUCUGAGAUCGGUUUUACUAUUGGCUGUGGAAGGCACAUGAGGAUGAGGAUCAGAUUAAGGAUGGACCAAGAGAAUCAGAGAGCCUGCAGUGACCGAAAAAUCACAAGAACUAAAGUGACUCAUCCUCGGGAAGUUCAGGUUGCAGAGGGGAGAUGCUGCUGAUGCUGGUGUCCCUGCUUUGCUGUGUCCCUGCAGUCAAGGCCUGUCUGCAGUGUGACCGCAGGGUCAGGCUCCUACAUGAAGACUUAGUCCUGUCUGCUCCCACUGUGGUCGACCAGAUUGAAAUGAAAAAGAUUUGUGACCACGCUUAUGAGACCUACAGAGAGACCAGCCGGGAACGAAAGGGCAUCAUUGAUCCCACCACUCUGUACAGAGCCAGAACUGAGUACCAGAGUGAGUUUGAUCGAUUUCUGAAAACCCCGCACACUGGAUCUGUAACAUUUGAAGCCAUUCAGAUCAUGGAGAAGGGCAGGAGGAUAUUGGAGAAACACUUGGAUGCCUUCAUCCAUGAUGGAUUGUGCCCCAACAAGUGUGGGCUUCUGAAUCGAAGAGUAAUGGAUUGCUUCUCUUGCCGCUACAAGACAUACAUCUGUCACUCACCCUCUGGCCAGCAGGACUGCGGUGUGUACCCGGUGCAAGCUGAGGAGGGAGGCCAGGCAGUGUUGAACUGUUUUCUUCCAUGGCAUCGUCUUCUGUUGGGAAAACCAGAAUACCACUACUCCUGGGCCCCUGGAGUCCCAGGAUCUAAAAAGUCUCCCCUUUGCCUGACCAAACUCACCGACCCCUCGUCACUCUGCCCUCUCUGCCUCAUGGAGACAAGUACUCACCUUUCCAAACUCCUGAGGCCCUGCUGGUGCCAGUCAUCGCCAUGGUUACUGCUCUGAGUCUGGCGGCAAGCGUAGGCCUCACAGUUGUCCUGAGAGUGAUGAUGAAUCAGCGGCGAGCAGCGGAAGAGACGAGAAGGAGGAGGACGGAAGAAGCGCGAUGAAGAUACUGUAAACAGUAAACACACACUUUAAUGGCAGGGAUGUUUUACUCACUUCAGGUUGUACAUUUUGUCCUGUCGUUUAAUAAAUUUCCCAGCAUGAAGUGUCGUGUCAUGUGGCGUAAUGAGGCUGGGGUUUCUGUAAGCAUAUUGUUUAUCUAAAAAA